AUGCUGGAGAUGUUGUUACUUCGAUUUGGUCAUCUCGGCUUUGGUCCAGCGGAACACCGGCCAAGGUUCUUUACGACGUGUCUCGCGCAGGAUACCACAGCAACCAUGUUUGAAAUUGAUAUGGGAGUCUCCGUCAACAGCCCAUUGACUUCCAUUGACUCUAGCUGGAUGAUGCAGCUAAUCGACAUCUGGUUCUCCAUUCACCCUUUCUCCGUCCUUAUCUCCAAAACUCUCUUGUUGCAGAGCAUCAAGGAUGGAGUCUAUGAUCAGGCUUUGCUCGCUAUCCUUCUCUCAGAGGCGAUGGCCACGUUAGCCACUCACGUACCCGAAUCCAAUCGCCCGUCACUGCUGGUGGAAAGCGCAGCACUGGCGGAGUGGUCCAUGUCUCAAGUGUGUGCUUUAGCAGUCAACGUCUCGGACAUUAGCACUGCUCAGACCUUAUUGCUGCUGGGCUGGCAUCAUUUGCACCGCUCUCAAGCUCGCCGGGCAACGAGCUACAUUCAACUGGCAGCCCAAAUCAUCAACGAUUUGCGCAGCCGUCUCUCCACAGCACCCAACACUGCCCCUUACCGCGUUAAAAUCAACGGUUUCCAGGUCAUCGAUGUGGAGCACGAAGUCCUGCACAAUAUGGACUCGGUAACCUCCUCACUCCGCUUGUGGAUCCUGAUGCAAACGGAAGACGGCCAUUCACCGCCUCAGAAGUUGGCAGAUAUCCCUGUCAGCUUCCCCCCAGUCGACGAGUUCUCGUCUCGCAUGACCGUGUUGGACAUUGCCUCUGGCCACGUAUCAACCAUCCGGGCACAGGCGACGGUAGCCCGACUCCUCUGGCCACUCAGCCAGCUCACAGCAACCCUGGGCCAUGUAUACACCUUAGCACACUGGUACCAGAAUACCACAGGAUCCCACGACAUAAUUCCCUCCCAAACCCGCCAUCUACACCAACUACGUCAGCUAGCCGGCAACGGGUUAGACAAAGAAUCAUUAUGUAGUAGAAUCCGCCUCUGUCUCCGGGAGGCGUUGCGCACGAUGCAAGAAGCCAGCUCAAGCAGUUCGCUCGAGGCGGUUGUCAAAGCCACCUAUCUAACCAUCAUUAUCCACAUGCUUUUUCCCCAUGGACCCUUUGAAAACUGGACGCUAAAUGAGAACGUUCUGGGAGAUUUUCUCACCGAGGCUGGCUCCCUCUUAAACACCAUUUCUUCUUUUACCCGAGAUCACCCAUUACUCAAGGCCGAAGCUGCCGGGUGUUUCUCCACCGCUGCUGAGAUCUUCGGUUUGGGGUUGGGGGUCUCCGUCCGAGCGAUGCAGUACAUAAGUUCGCGCCAGUUGACUGGUUCCGAGACCGAACGAGAUCUGAUCACCGCAAACAGUGCCAACUUAAUCGAACUCCUGAUACAAAUCCACCAGACAGCCAAAAGCGAGAUCAUCAUGCAGACAAAACGCAUCGAGUCUAUUCUACACGAGCUGGAAGGCAUCACAUUGGACACUGGUAUUACCCACAUGAGCAGAUACAAUGAUCUCGAGACACAGGACCAGCUUCUCACAGGGGAGUUCACCUUGCAACUAGAUAAUUGGAAUGAUGACGAUCUUACUCUCUGUUCUGGAUUCCCUCUUCUGCCUGAGUCGUGGGUGGAAUGA